UUGUUGCAAAGUUUUGUCCGAAGGUCACUAAACGCUGCCUGUGCAGCCACUGAAGUGUCUCCACAUAGACAUGGACAUCAACGCACUAAAUGUUCUUUCUUACGAGGAGUUUGUGAAUAUUUUUGGCAACGUGGUGGAGAAAUGUCCCAUUAUAACAGCUGCUGUGUGGUCGAAGCGUCCCUUUGUGAACUUGUCUGCUUUGGAGGCUGCUAUUAAUGAGUUCAUCGAUGCUCUGCCAGAGUCAGGUAAAGAGGGGAUCCUCAGGUGUCAUCCGGACCUCGCGGGCAGGGACCUGCAGAGAGGCACCCUGACCCAGGAGUCGCGCGAGGAGCAGGCGCGAGCUGGCCUGGACGCGCUGGAAUCCGCGGAAGCCUCGCGCGUGGCCCGGCUCAACGAGGAGUACAAAGAGCGGUUCGGGUUCCCGUUCGUCAUCUGCGCCCGGAUGAACGACAAGGCGAGCAUCUUGCGGCAGCUGUCCGAGCGCUGCCAGAACGAGCGCGCGGCGGAGAGGGCGCGCGGCAUCGAGGAGGUGAAGAAGAUAUGCCGCCUGCGUCUCUAUGGUCUCGUGCUCACUGACGCCCCAAACAAGUUAUGACCCUUGAAUACUGGAGUUUAUGGAUUUAACCUGCGACGUAAAGACUGCCAUUACUGUCAGACCUGUGAUAUUAGUUUUAUUCCAAAUUUAUCAUGUGUGCUACUCAUCCAUUAUACUGUAUAAUACAUUUUAAACAAUUAAAUAUGUGGAUCAUUGA